AUGGCGGGAGGUAAUGCCGAGAAGGGGCAACGCUACAUCGCGUCCUUGGACCAGGCGCGGGCCCAAGGUAGAUGGGAAGAAGUGCCCGAAUUGAUUCGAAAGGUCACCAAGCACGCUCCGCAACGAACCUGUGUGAUCCAAACCGCAACAGCAGAGACUCGAGUGGUCGCAUUUCUUCAGCAGCGAACGACAACCGAGUCUACGUCGACACCACAUCUUCCCGAGUUGAUCCCGGCCCUGUUGACGACUAUCGAGAACAACGACGGAAAUCUGCAAGAGCUACUGCAGGCGCAAGUCUGCUUGGGUUGGAUCCAUUGGACUCUCAAUGAGCCGAGUCUGGCAGCUGCUCGCCUUCCAAGGGACUUCAACGCGACAAUCGAUACUUUGACAAGUGAUGGCCAGGGUCUCUCACCGUGGACCGAGGUCUGUCUGGUUAAAGGAUGCUAUCUGAAGGGUUCUGCGCAAUCGGCAGUGGCCGAAAUCGAUGAGAUCUUGGAGACCUUUGCCUCACUGGCAGUAUGGCUCGAGAAGGGCCAGCUUGCCUCUACCUCCAACCAACAAUUCCUCAGCUGGUCCGAAACUAUGCUAGGAAGAGGCGCCUUGAUUGCCACCGAAACAGCCACAUGCCCUUACUCGGAUCCCAGACAUGUGGAGAUUGCGCUUCGGCUCUUUAGGCUGUGGUCUGCCCUGCCCGCAGUGAAGCAGGGAGCUGCGCCCAACAAGGCUGCAUUUGCCGACAAUUCGGUUACGCUUUCACGCCCAGCAAUUUGGAAAUCCUACUACGGACUCCUCACAACUGUUCUUCAAAAUGACCUGAUCUAUAUCCCGCCCGUCGAUGGUAUUCCCGAGCGCCCGCAGCUUGCAAGCGAACUUCGUCGCAUCGAAUCGAUCUGUGAAAACAACCUUCUACGGGAAGUCAAAUUCCCUACCGCCCAAUCCAAUAACUCCCAGGUUGAGGAGUGGGUGGAACAGGUUAUUAGCAACUGGGAGGUGCUCUGUGGACCGCACUGGCAGGAUCAGGACCUCGGCGAAGGGGGCCAGAAUGCCGUGGGCCGGAAUGUUUUGGAUAUCCUUUACCGCGCAGCAACGAAAACAUAUCACUCGCAUUUGAUUUUGCGACGCUUGUUUCAUGUUCAUUCGGCAUUGGCUGACUUUGAUCUCGCUAUCAAAUCAUUGGAAUCUUAUAUUGAGAUUGUCACUGCUGCCAAGGAAAGAGCUGCCAAGGCGGCCGAGUCGGGCGAACUGGAGAAAGAUGAAGUACUUCUGCAAACUCUCUCCGAAGGUGUCUCAUUGUUAAGCUGCUUGGGUUCUUUGGAGGAGGCAGAGAAGGCCAAAGAUUUGACGGAGUUGAUCAAAGAAUUCCUCGACAAACAAGAAACGACCCUGGAAAACGGCACGGUCAAUAACAGCGUGCUCGUACCUGGCGACGCAAGCCCCGCUAACUCCUCUGAUAUACCACAAUCUGUGCUUGCUUUGGCCCAUAGAGCAGUUGGAAUUGGACUCGCGAACUGGGCCAAUUAUACUCCCCAAAAUGAAUCUCGAGAUCUCAUUCGUGGUGAAGCAAUUGAUUAUCUGGAGAAGAGUGUGUCCCCAGAGUUGGGCAAUCAGUUGAGCUAUGCCUCUCUCUACACAUUAUCACUGGUCCUUGCGGAAAAUCGAGACCUGGAUGCUGCAAUCAGCUAUGUCAAAUCGGCCUUGAGUUCUCAUGGCUCACCGAGCUCCGAGGAUCUGUCGCAUGAACGUGAUCUUGUGCCUCUUUGGCAUUUGCUUGCGCUCUUGCUUAGUGCCAAGCAGGAAUUUGAAAUCGCCGAGCGUUCUUGCGAAGCUGCCUUUGAGCAAUUCCCAUCGGACAUUUUCCCCAAGAGCAGCCGUGAUCGGCGCUCCUCGAGACAAACCCACUGCAAGGACCACGGUUUUACUGGCCCUAAGCGCUCAGUUCUCAGUCGCUUGUCUGGACGAGAGAAGGAACGCAUAAUUCAAACACGAAUCUCGCAGCUCGCUUUCGUCGAGCUCAUUGAGGGCCCCGAGGCUGCUGUCAACCAAACUGAGCAAUUACUGAGUUUGUUCAGUACAUUGUUUAGUGACCUGAACCUUGAUAACGGGGAGUCGAAGUCGAAGUCGGAGCAUUUGGUACCCCCCAAGAGCUCUGCAGGCACAACUAAGAGCUUUCGCAGCAGCAUCUUCAGUCGAAACAGAUCAUCUCAGCUGCCGGACCGCCGAGGUGAUCAAAUGAGCGAUGCACCUGCAGUGCCGCCGAUUCCCAAUGGGCCUAGCACUCCCACUGGGGCACCUGCCAUCCACGUCACUGACGAAGAUACGAACAGUCAACAAGAGCAUCAGUCAGCCCUCUCACGGUCUGACUCUAAGAAGCUGAGAAAACGAAGUGGCAGUCUCCACAGUAAACACGAGAGGCCUCGUGAUCAAGAACCGCCAUUGCCAAAUGGAGCAGAAACCCCCGAGAUGGUUGGCAUUGCGGUAUCUGGCAAUGCGUCGCCUGUUUCACAAGCGCCCCCCCCGAGUGGAGGCAAGCAGCCACUGCAGCCUAUAGCGCAUAACAUUCAUCAUAAACAACAACCAGCUCCAGCUGGCCACGAGCGUCAACCCCCCCGUGCAAGAUAUUCGUUUACCGGGCUCUCAUCAAUUCAACUCUCCGACAAAUGCAGUCACCAAUCCAAUAAGCAUGCCCUCGGCCUGCUUGUCAAGAUCUGGCUCAUAAUUGCGGGCCUGUAUCGCCGAGCGUCCUUGUUCGAUGAUGCUCGCGAAGCCUGCGAGGAAGCUGCUAAGCAAACCGCUCGAGUUGAAGUCAUCGCCUCUACUCACGAAUCCUCAGCCCGUUCCCUCGGCAAACGUGGCUGGUGUAAUGCCAAUAGCUCGGAGGAGCUCUGGGCCGAUGUCUACGCUGAGCAAGGUCUUUUGGCCCAGGCUCAAUCAAAGUCUCACCAGGCUAUCAAGCAAUUCGAGAGCGCCCUCCUGCGGUCCCCGGAUCACCCGACAGCGACUAUUUCCCUCGCAAAUCUUCUUCUAGAUGUGUGGGACCAGACACUGCCCCUUGAACCUACAAAUGCCGACAUCAAUCUCGAAGCCUCGCGCCUUUCACUCUUAUCCGAGCUUUCCCAACCAAAGUCUGCCCGGGCCGUGUCGACCGAGGAGAUGAAGGUCGCCGAGAGCGCACAAAGCUCAGAGCCCAGUGAGGCCCCCAUGUCGGCCCACGAUGUCGACCCCAAGCACCUACAUCGACUUGCUGCCCGAGACCGCGCAUAUGGUCUUCUAUCUGCGCUGACCAAACUUGGAAGCUCUUGGGACAACUCCGAUGCAUGGUACGCACUCUCGCGAGCCUACGAGGCCGGCGAGCAAACCGAGAAACUCAAGGAAGUUCUCUGGUGGUGCAUUGAGCUUGAGGAUCGCCGACCAAUCCGUCAUUGGUCGAACAUUGGAUCUGGACUCUAUGUUCUUUGA